CACAGGCCUAUAAGAUAAGUAUAGUUGAUUAAAAUUUGUAAUUUGUGUGGUUAUUAUGUAUUGUAAUGUAUUCUCAUUUAUAAGUAUCUUAUAAGAUUAAGUGUUCAAUUCUUUUUAACUACUGUCACUGUUAGAGAAUCAUAUGAUAUCUGAUCAUGAAGAUGGGAUCAAUCCUAGUAGUACUGGUACUUGUUAAUGCAGUUCUACAUGGGCUUCAAGCUGUGGCAAAUCCACCUGAUUUGAUCAAGAUUCAGAGUGCUGUUGCAAAAGGAGCAGUGUGUUUGGAUGGGAGUCCACCUGCCUACCAGCUUGACCGGGGGAAGGACAAAGGAGUUAACAAGUGGCUGUUACACUUGCAGGGAGGAUACUGGUGCACUACAGUUGAAGAAUGCAGCAUGAGAAUGAAUGACAGCAGCGGUCUUGGUUCAUCUAUUAAAAUGACGAGUCUUUAUUUUACUGGAAUCUUGAGUGAUAACAAGGAGCUAAAUCCAAACUUCUAUAAUUGGAAUAGGGUCUAUGUAAGAUACUGUGAUGGUUCCUGCUUCACCGGUGACAAACAAGAAUCUUCGGUUGAUGGACCGUACUACAGAGGUGGUAGAGUUUUCUACGCUAUCAUGGACGAGCUUUUAGAACUUGGAAUGGAAAAUGCUAGCAAUGUAUUUCUUACGGGCAAUUCUGCAGGAGGAUUGGCAGCAAUGUAUCAUUGUGAUAGGUUCAAGAAUAUACUGCCUCGUUCUACUGAAGCUAAAUGCCUAGCUGAUGCUUCCUUUUUCAUUCAUCUAAACAAUCCUUCUGGCUUCGUAAACCUUCAUGGAUCAGUUACAUAUCUACCAUUAUCAUGCACAUCAAAGAUGGAUGCUGCCUCGUGCCUCUACCCCCGGAAUGUUGUUCCAGAUAUCCAGACUCCUAUGUUCCUCUUGAAUUCGGCAUAUGAUACUUUUCAAGUUGCAUCAACAAUCCGGUUGCCAGAAAAUUCAAAUCGUUCUUGCUUGUAUAAUCUAACUGGCUGCCCUACCGCUGUACUGGAUGCCUGGAUAAAUUUUAGGACGAAGUUUUUGCAAGAAGUGACUGACUUGGGUAAUCUUUCCACGAGAGGCUUGUUCAUCAACGCGUGCCAUACUCAUUCCCAGUCUGAGUUUCAAAGUAAAUGGCUGGGGGAUCCCGAUUCUAUGCUUGAUAACAUGACAAUUUCAGAAGCUGUGGGAGAAUGGUAUAAUGACAAUAAGCUAAUCCAACUGAUUGACAGAGAACACAUCUAUCCCAGACAAUGCGUUGUCGAUGCUUCUGAGCCAUAUGCUUGCAACAACUAUACUAUUGGUGCAUCUUAUCUUUGUGACGUAAACCAAAACAAAUCAAACAUACCCAGUGUAUCUCACUCGUAUGACUGAGUGGAGCGUAAGAUGUAUUAUACUUGAACUAAAAAAAUGUAUUGAUAAAUAUAUAUAUUUGUGCACUUAUAUAAAUGUUUUAACCAUUUAUAUAUUUGGGGAAGUCGUCAAAAGUUGACAAUUUUAAGGCAAACUACUGAUUCCAAUAGGCGGGGAACCAAGAGUGACUUGCCACGUCAACUUUGACAACCUCGUGGCAAUCCUGUUGGAGAUGCUCAAAGCUAAAAACAUUCUUUCUUUUUAUUAUUUUUUGCAGUUAUUAAAAUUAGUUUACAUGUUCUGCAAAAAACCAUCCUUAACAGAUAUACUCCCCAUCCUUGCAACCAUCAUAUUAAAGUUCUCCAUCCCAGAACUCCUCGACUGACUUAAUAAGGCCAGUUUCAGAGAUAAAUAUCUCUCCGCGGCUUGUCCUACUCUGUGGGAUUUCAGCUAUAUUCUUGAAGUCUUCAUCGCUUAACUCCCAGUCGAAAAUAUCAAGAUUCUGCUUCAUUCUCAGUUUGUUGAAGCUCUUCAUCACAAUCACAACUCCUUGCUCAUAAAUCCAUCUCAAAGCCACCUGAGCUACAGAUUUUCCUUUCGACUCUGCAAUUUUCUUCAGAACCUCAGAUUCCAACACUCCGUUGCUUCCCCAAAAGGUACCUGAUCCUCCAAGUGGAGAAUAGGCUGCCACCAUGAUUCCAUUUGCAUUACAGAACUCUCUUAGCUUUCCUUGUUGCCAUGCUGGGUGCAUCUCCACCUUUGAUCAUAAAUUGAUCAGUAAGAGCAAAGUGUAAAAUAAUACCUCUGAAUAAAAUCCGGACUUACUUGAUUAAUAGCUGGAAGAAUCUUGGCAAAAGCAAGAAUAUUAUCAAGCAAUUUGCAAGAGAAAUUACUGACACCAAUUGAUUUCGUAAGGCCAAGUGUCUGGCACUCUUCCAUGGCUGUCCAAACAGAUUUGAUAUCCAUCGGGACAAUAUCUUCAACGUUUACUGGAAAAGGUACCCUGGGCUUCAUGCUCACUGGCCAAUGUAUAAGAUACUGAUCAACAUACGUGAACUUCAGCUUCCUGCACAAGAAUAAACACAUAAGGCCUUGGUUCAAGUAAAUACAAAUGAACAAGUGGUGCAUCUGCACUACUUCAAAGUUGCUUGAAGAGCAGGGAGGACGCGAUCUCCAUGAUUAUCAGUACACCAGAGCUUAGAGGUGAUGAAGACUUCCUCGCGAGACUUGAUAAGGCCAAGACUCAAAGCUUGAGAUAUGGCUUCACCAAGAGCCUCCUCUGUUUGGUAAAGAGCAGCAGUAUCAAACAUCCUGUAACCGAGCUCAAUCGCUUCAAGCACCGCUUUUAUAACAGUUUCUGGUCCUGGAAAUGGAUCAGCUGCUGUCCCCAGUCCCAGAACUGGCAUAGGCCUCGCGUUCCCAGAACUCAAAGUAACCUGUGGAAUACUAAGUGAUGCCAUUUUUUUACCUGCCAAGCACCUCUGGUUUGUAUGGUUAUAAUUUACACUUACAUAAGAUAAACCUCUAGAAUACUCCAUUCAUUUAUUUUGUAAAAUGGUCAAUAUCAUGAAUUUCAAUACCCACACACCUGUAUUCUUACCACACUACAAAAUUAUUUGAAUUUGACGUGCACAACAAAAAUUAGAUAAAAGCCAUUGGUCACUGUACUACAAGUCACCCUCUGAGAAAAAAUCAUUGGGGAAUACUUAUGUAUAUAGAAUAAUUUUUUUCAAAGUUCUCCGUCCCAGAGCUGCUCGAGUGACUUGAAAGGGCCUGCUUCAGAGAUGAACAUCUGAGCAAGGCCUGUCCUGCUCUGUGGGAUAUCAGCAAUCUUCUUGGACUCUUCAUCUGUCAACUCCCAGUCAAAAAUUUCGAGAUUCUGCUUUAGUCUCUCUUUGUUGAAGCUCUUCAUCACAAUGACAACCCCUUGCUCAUAAACCCAUCUCAGAGCCACCUGAGCUACAGAUUUUCCUUUCGACUUUGCAAUUUCCUGAAGAACCUCAGAUUCCAACACCCCCUUGCUUCCCCAAAAGGCACCUGGUCCUCCAAGCGGAGAAUAAGCAGCUAUCGUGAUUCCAUUUGCCUUACAGAACUCCAUCAGCUUCCCUUGUUGCCAUGCCGGGUUCAUCUCCACCUAGGAUAAAGACACAAGCUCGAGGAUGAAACUGAUCACUUAAAUUGUUUAGUUUGUCAAUUUGAGACUUACUUGAUUGACUGCUGGAGGAAUCUUAGCAAAAGCCAGUAAAUCAGCAAGCUUCUUGCAAGUGAAAUUACUGACACCAAUUGAUUUUGUAAGGCCAAGUGUUUGGCACUCUUCCAAGGCUGUCCAAACAGACUUAAUGUCCAUCGAAACAACGUCUUCAGGGCUAAAUGGAAAAGGUGCUCCAGGCUUCAGGCUCACCGGAAAAUGUAUAAGAGUCCUUCGAAGGGCAGGGAGGACACGAUCGCCAUAAUUAUCAGAGCACCAGAUCUUAGAAGUGAUGAAGACUUCGUCCCUGGACUUGAUCAAACCGAGACCAAGAGCCUGAGAUAUGGCUUCACCAAGAGCCUCCUCUGUUUGGUAAACAGAAGCAGUAUCAAACAUCCUGUAACCGAGCUCAAUCGCUUCAAGCACUGCUCUUACGACGGUAUCUGGUCCUGGAAGUGGAUCAGCUGCUGUUCCCAGUCCCAAAACAGGCAUGGUUUUCGCAUUCCCAGAACUCAGAGUAACUUGUGGAGUGCUCAUUUUUCAGAUGGUAUAGAAAUUGCAGGUGAAUUCUCUUGUUUAAUAUGAGCAGGCUAUGAGUUCAGACUUUGAGAGAAAAAAAUCUAUGUUAUGAGAAGAAAAAUAUCUUUGCAA